AGAGCCCUGUUUCCAAGAUGGCGGCGACUGGAGCGGGCGACGCUGAGGGGAGCGGUCAUGGCCCCGAAGGCGGCCCCCUCGCGAUGGACAGCGACGCCGGGCCGGACGCGGAGCCGGACUCGGAGGUGUUUUCGUGCGGGGCUCACUGUUCCGAACUGGCCUGGCGGCAGAACGAGCAACGGCGGUUGGGCCUCUUCUGUGACGUCACGCUGGCCUUCGGCGGGGGCGGCGGGGAGGUGGAGGGGGCGGCGGGGUGCGCGAACGACCCUCCCCCGCGCGAGUUCCGCGCGCACCGCUCGGUCCUGGCGGCGGCCACCGAGUACUUCGCGCCUCUCCUGUCGGGCGACUUCGCUGAGUCCCGCUCGGGCCGCGUGGAGCUGCGCAAAUGGAGCGCCGAGGCCGGGCCCGACUCGGAGACGGUGGAGGCAGUCAUCAGCUUCAUGUACACGGGCCGCGUCCGCGUCAGCCCCGGCAACGUCCACGAGGUCCUGGAGCUGGCCGACAGGUUUUUGUUGCUACGUUUGAAAGAGUUUUGUGGAGAAUUUCUCAAGAAGAAGCUGAGUCUCUCCAACUCUGUGGCUAUCCAUAGUUUGGCUCACAUGUACUCCUUGAACCAACUGGCUCUAAAAGCUGCAGAUAUGAUCAGGAGGAACUUCUACAAAGUCAUCCAAGAUGAGGAGUUCUACACUCUCCCCUUCCACCUCAUCAGAGACUGGCUUUCAGACUUAGACAUCACAGUGGACUCAGAGGAAGUUCUUUUUGAGAUGGUCGUGAAGUGGGUUCAAAGGAAUCCUGAUGAAAGAGAGAGGUACUUCGUGGAACUCUUUAAACUUCUGCGGCUGCCUCAGAUGAAACCCACUUACUUGACCCGUCAUGUCAAAUCUGAAAGGCUAGUGUCAAGCAAUGAGGUGUGCCUCAAGCUUGUGUCAGAAGCAGUGGAAAGCCAUGCUCUCAGGGCUGAGAACUUGCAGCUAGGUACCUUCCAACAGGUCACUUCAUCUGUAACUUUGCUUCCUCGUUUUGGGCAAAACAUGGAUGUUAUUAUGGUAAUUGGUGGCGUGUCUGAGGGAGGUGACUAUUUGAGUGAAUGUGUGGGGUAUUUCAUUGAUGAAGACCGGUGGGUAAAUUUGCCACACAUACACAAUCAUCUUGACGGGCAUGCUGUUGCAGUGACAGAAUCCUAUGUUUACGUAGCAGGUUCCAUGGAGCCUGGCUUUGCCAAGACUGUGGAAAGGUACAACCCAAAUCGAAAUGUAUGGGAGCAGGUUUCCAACCUAAUCACGAGGAAGCAUUCCUUUGGUCUCGCUGAGGUGAAGGGAAACCUGUACAGCAUUGGGGGGCAUGGAAAUUUUAUACCUGGUUUUAAAGACGUAGCCGUCUACCAUCCAGAUCAAGACAAGUGGCAAAACUUAGAGUCUGCGCCAAAGAUACUUCGAGAUGUCAAAGUGAUCACCGUAGAUGACAGGUUUGUUUACAUGGCUGCCCGCACGCCAGUGGAUGGUGACAGCGAAGAUGGCUUAAGGGCUGUCAUCAUCCGAUACGAUGUAGAUGCAAGACAGUGGCAGGAUAUUGAGUCUCUGCCACUCCUGGAUAAUUAUUGCUGCUUCCAGGUGGCUGUGGCCAAUACCAACUUUUAUCACACAGCCUCAUCUUGUCCCAGAAGCUAUCCCAUGGAUCAUGAAGAGGCUCGGAGGAAGAUUUCUGGCCAGGUGUCCGAUGACAUUUUGGAAAGCUUGCCCCCGGAGGUUCUUAGCAUUGAAGGGGCAGCUAUAUGCUAUUACAAAGACGACGUGUUCAUCAUAGGUGGGUGGAAGAACAGCGACGACAUAGACAAACAGUACAGGAAAGAGGCUUACCGCUACUGUGCUGAGAGGAAACGCUGGCUGCUGCUUCCUCCCAUGCCCCAACCUCGCUGUCGAGCAACAGCCUGUCAUGUGAGAAUCCCUUUCCGGUCCUUGCAUGGUACCCAGCGAUACCCAAUGCCACAAAACCUAAUGUGGCAGAAGGACCGGAUUCGGCAGAUGCAGGAGAUACACCGUCAUUCCUUAAGCUUGAGAAGGAUGCCGCGGUCUCAGAUUGAGUGCUAACUUGAAUAAAUAGAGUUUGAGAAAGACCUGUUUGUGUUCCCAUGUGGUCCCCUAAUAGUAGCCUAAGCCAUUUGGAUAAAGCACUGGAUUAUUCAAGAAGGUUCACCUUCUGGGUGUUAAAUAGUUUACCUGGAUUGACCAACACCACAGGCAAAGUUAUUUUAGCUAUAGUAUGUGAUAGACACACGUACUAGACAGCUGGAAUCUUUGAUUCCUGUCCCUGCUAAAAUACAAUAUAGAACAAAAACCAGAAGAAGGACCAUCUCUGAAGAAAAGUCCAGUUUUAGCACAGGCUCUCUGACCCUUUUUCUGGCAUCACCUGUAUACCCCAUUUAAUCAUGAGGUCAUUUUACCUCUUUUAAGUACUCAUACAGGUUGUGCUUAGCAGAGGUUUCUUCAUAAUCUGCAUUGUGGAAAAUCUCAUAACACCACUCCAGCCUUUCCUUUUUUAAAGCAUUUUUGUUUGUUUCUCUAGUUAGUAUGAAUCUGCUUAAUUUUUUUGACACUUGGAGCCAUGUGCAAUAGUUAAAACUGUGAGUAAAGCUUGAUCUCUUGCUAGAUAAUGCCAGACUGUUGCUCUGUUUAUAAAUAUUUUAUAGUUGUAUUUAUCUAGUGAAAUUAGAGUUUACCUAAUGGCUAUUAAUGAAAAUGGAAUUUUAAUAGUUGGCCCAUCCUCAGUGCUCUGUUGGGUGGUUCUGAGUUUUUACUUUUAGGGAUCUGCUGUAAUUUUUGAAAGCUUCUCUUACUAUUUUGGAGUUAGUGCAUUUACUUCAGUAAAAUGGAUAUUAUGUAAAUGGUUCAGAAUUGUGGCCUUAAAGAAAAUAGUGAAAAGACCAAAUAGAUGAGCACUACAUAAUUUGAAAAUGAUGGGUUCAGCAAUGCAGGGAAAAACUGAAUGAACUCCUAGAAAAUGUGUUUGAGCUUGCUGUCAAAUCACAGCUGACUUACGACAACUCUAGGAUUUUCAAGGCCAGAGACUUUCAGAGAGGUCCUGCCAUCUAGAAAAUAGGAAGGAGUGGGUGCAUGUGUUUUCAGACCCUCCAGUACACUAUGCACAAGCAGGCAAUGGCAAACCAAUCUCUGAAUGUCUCUUGCCUUCCAAACCUUACUAUAUCCCGUUCAGGAUAAAGAUGACAGGAGAUUUGUGGAUUCAUCUGCCAUUUCCUGGAUUAUCUUUGUUCUAGAAUGCUCCAUUUAGAACUUGGUGCCUACCUACUUCUAUCCACAAGGCACUAAAGAUGGUCCAGGAAAUUGUGGAUGAAUUCACAAAUCUCCUGUCAUUAUCCUGAUCAGGGUAUAGUUCACCAUAAUUCAGAUGUGACUUCAUGGCACGAAAAAAUUCAGUAAACCUUAUUUGAAAGAUUUCCACCCAACCUGCCUUUGACAAUCAAAGCUUUUGGCCUUCAAGAUAUGCUAAUUUUUUUUUUUGAGUGGACCAAUUUCAGCUGGAUUAUAAUUUGUGACAGUAAAGGUUACUGUCUUUUUGUGACUUCUUUUCUACCAGCAGGCAAUGUAAUUAACCAGUUAUAAACCAGAGCUUUCUGAGACAGGUGGAAGUUAUCUGUUGCUUCCCCUUCCUUCAGAAAGCAAGAUCUUGACUUUCUGAAGGGUGAGGUUGAUUUGGAACAAGUGGAAGUAAGCAAAAUCUCUCUAUCUAAAAUUUGGAAUGUCAAAAAAAUAUUCUUUAGGCAGGCAAAUUGCAUAAUAAUGAAUUCUAUGAAAUGUACAAUCAUGUAUAAGCAACGAUGUGACAAAACACCUCAUUUUUCUUUUGUUAAUUGUUGCCCUUGGGAUCCAUAUGUGAUUAUGUUCUUGUGACAAAAUUCAUAACUGUCCAAGGCAGUUGCAUUGCAGCAUGGCUAAGGAGCCAUGCUUUUCUUCUUUCCUGCCCUCCCACAAAUAUACCUUGGUUGAGGGCUGCUGCAGGUAUUUUUGCGAUCACAGCUUAUUCUACCUACUAAGAACUUUUGCAACAAGUAGCAGUCCUCCCUUUUCCAUUAUAGCAUUCCGACUUUGUGAUAAGAUUUGCAGAUGCUGAAGGAGAGUAGUCAUCGCAACCAAGAAGAAUCAAAAUUUGGGAUAAAAUCAUUACUUAAGUAGCCGUUAAGUAGCCCUGUGUGAAAUGGAAUGCCUAGAGAUAAAAUCAGUUUCGCUUGGCAUGGUUGAAAAGAGGUUUUUAUGAAGGGUUCCAGUUAUUUCACCUUGAUUCUGUUUUCCCCCUUAAUUAGUUGAGGUUUAUUUGAGGGCCUAAUUUAGGAGCAUUAGAUGGGAGAAUGAGAAAAUUAUGUGAAAAAUCUUCAGUUGACGAAAUUUAGUAUGAAAGCUAAUGGUAAAAUCAUUGUUUGAUUGACAAACAGCAGUGUAUUCAAAUUUGAAAUGUUUGUCAAAUUGACUUUAAAGACAGGACAUCUUUCUAUGCUUCAGUACAGGUCCCUCACUAAUUAACUAAUUUUUCUCCUUUUCACAUUUGAGCUAUUUGUAAUUUGGCAGCCAUCAAAUUAUUAUUAAAUUUAUAUACUGCUCUCCCCCAUAGGACUCAGAGCAGCUUACAUUUAAUCGAUUAAAAUACAUUAAUAAAAUACAGAUUAAAAUGAUUGAAAUAAAAUACAUUAAAAUAAAAUCCACAAAAACCCAUAGCUGGAGGCAUUCCUCACAACUCUCUCCCACCCUUUCCUGAGGAGAGACUGGAUGAUGUUAUGUAGGAGGCCAAAUGAUGUGAUGGCCUCAACCAAGUGCCUGGUGGAAUAGCUCUUUUACAGGCCCUGUGGAGCUCUUUCAAAUCCUGCAGGACCCUGAUGGAAGUAGGUAGAGUGUUCCACCAUAAAAGCCCUGGUCCUAGUUGAGGCCAGCUGCAGCACAGGGGGGCAAUGGAUGGUCAGUAGAUUUGCCUCUGCUGAUUGGAGGACACAUGUAGGGCAAUAGGGGGAGAGCUGGUCCCUAAGAUAAGAGGGUCCCAGUCAGCUAAUGGCCGUAAAGUUUAAAACCAACACCUUGAACCUGAUUUGGCACUGGCAGCCAGUGUAACUCACAGAACAGCGGGGUGAUAUUCGGGUUGGGGGGUUUCCCCCUUGCCUUCUCCCUGUGCUCUCCCUCUGUCUUGUCCAGGGUUGCUCUUUUUGGGGUCUGCUGUUGACCGCAAAGGGCAAACCCUUUGUAUUUGUGUGCCUUCUAGGCCUGCUGAUCUUUCUUUCUCUCUUUCUGUUCUGUUUCGUUUUCGCUGACUGGGCCUUUUUUCUGCCCCUUUUGUGGUCCCUAUUCUUCUGCUGACUACUCUUGGGCCCACCCACAGCAAAACACCAGACAGGAGCUGAGCUGCCAUGCGCUGAACCAGUUUGCUGAAUCAGGGACAAGGGAAAUCCAGCAUAGAGAGAGUUAUGAUAAUCCAGCCUAGAGGUGACUGUUGCAUGGAUCACUGUGGCCAGGUAGUUAUGGGAGAGAUACAGAGCCAGCUGCCAUGCCUGGCAAAGGUGGAAAAAUGCCACCCUUGCUGUAUGGGCCACCUGAGCCAUCAGCAAGGAUGGCUCCAGUUGGACCCCCAGACCCUUGACUGAGGCAGCCACUUUAAUGGCCACCUGGUCCAGUGUUGGCAGCUGGAACUCCCCCAGUAUCCCCCCCACCCCGACCUAUCCACAGGACCUCUGUCUUUGUUGGAUUUAGUGUCAAUCUAUUUUGCCUCAGCCAACCAGCUACUGUCUCCAAACAGUGCUGCAGAGCCACGGGCGGCAACUGGCCCAAAGCUCCACACCAGCUGAGUGUGGGGACACAUGUAGAUGUUAAAUAACAGCGGGGACAAAAGCCAUCCCUUCGAUACCCCACAUAUGAUAAGGCUCCACUAGGAGGUCCUGCCCCCGCACGUCACCUGCUGUCCCCUACCACGAAGCAACAAGGCCAACCAGCCUAAAACUGUGCCCCAAAGCCCCGCAUUUGCGAGAUGGUGGGUCAAAAGAUCAUGAUCGACCAUGUCAAAUGCUGAGGUAAUUUCUAAUAAUACCAGCAGUGCAGGCCCGCCUCGGUCAAGCUAUAUGCAAGUUCAUAAGUUCUUGCCAGUUGGAGAAAUCUGUUCUAUCAUAUCUAUAUGCCAAAAGGGUUGGUUUUGCUUGAAAGGGAAUACAGUAUCUCAUAAUUUUUUGAACAUUUUAUUUAAUUAGGUUCCAAAAAAGCUGAAUUUUGGUACAGAGCCGCCAAGCCUGAUGAAAGUUGUUUCCCCAAAUGUUAUUUAACUGAGAAAUGACUAUCCUUUGUGAAUAUGCUGCACUUUUUGAAGUAAAAUACCAUUCCAUGAAGAUUUUAAAAUAAAUUGUUGUUCUAUUAAUACAUGCAGAAGACCAAGGUGGGUUGAACCCUAUGAGGCCAUAUAUUGAAAUUAACAGGCAAACCAAUGUCUCUUUCUCAUUUAUAUGCAACAUUGAGAGCCAUGUGCCAAGAAUAUCCUUGAUAUUCUAUAUAGAAUAGAGAGUUUUAUAUAAAUGAAUAGGAUUGUUUAUUAUCUUCUCAAACUAUGUUACCUCCUUGUGAAUUUUAUUUAAAUACCAGGGGUAUUUAUGAAAUAUUGUAAUUGAAGACAUUUGAAACCAGGGGAUUUGAUGAGAUGAAGGUUUUUCCUGUCCAUUUUGUUUUAGUAAUACUAUGGUUUUUUUUUAGUUGCCUGACACUUUCUUUGUAGGUCAUACAUCUUUCAAAUAGAAGAAUAAUCCUGGUUUCUACCUGCAGGGAAACAGUCUUGUCCCCAAAAUGUUUGUGCUGGAGAUAUGCCCAGAAUUAACCUGCCAUUUAUCCUAAGUACUGAGUGUAGCUUUUAAAAGGGAAUUAUUUAAUAUAUCUUUGGGGUAUUGCUUAUCUUGCAGCCUUUUUUGCUUUGGGAGAGAAAUGGUAUCUUAAGGUUUGUCUAUUCUUGUUUUUUCAGUUUAGCCAGGAGCCUUAAUUCUUGUCUCUGAUAAUAGGGUAAGUCAAUUGCAUGGGUGUGCACAGGUGUCUUCACUUGCAUUUCUUCCCCUAAUACUACUACCUUUUGCUAGAUUUUUUUUCUUUUGGUUGAAAACUAGUGUGCAUUAAAUAACUUUCUGGCUAUAAAACUCAGACUAAUGCAGCUUUGUAAAACAAAGUCACAAAUCAGAUUCCAAGUAACAUCUGCUUAUGUGAUGUCACAAUAUAGUUUAUGUAUUAGUCAGUUAUUUAUGGUGAUGAUAGAUUCUUUACAAGGCUUGCAUUAACCUGUUGAAAACUGAUUGACUAAGGUCAGAGUUACAACUGACAUUCCAGAAUUAAAACUGACAAAAAAUGACAUUCCAAAGUGACAGAGCUGAAUGAAUAUGUGGAUUUGUUUUUACAUCACUUUGUGUUGUGAAGUUCGAGGCCCUGUUUUUUGCUAUACGCACUUAACGAGACACAAUACAACAUCCUGCUUUCCUUUUAAAAAAUGCCCAACUUUGUAAUAGCUGGUCAUUGUGUAGUUGAUCUGUUAUACACAGGCGGGCUAUUUACUAGUCCCAGUUUAACUAAUUAAAUUAAAAUUUGAAACCACACUGAUGUCAGCUACCCACUGCUUAAUGUCCUCCAAGUCACUUCACUGCUAACUGGGAUUUCAAGAUGUAUUUUAGGUAGCAUCUCACAUUAUUCUUGCUAGAAGCUGAGUUGGCCAGAAAAAGAAUAUUAAAUCUCUCACUUGAAGAAAGGGUCUCAUUCCACAGUUUCUCUGUUUAUCAUCUGGAGUGGGGGGUUUCAUUUUAUCUGGAACUGAAUCUGUGUAACAACUUUUAGCCCCAUUGCUCUGUGUGGAGGCCUGUGUUCAAGUUUUAUUUUUAUUAGGUGUCUAUUCUUAGAAGAGUAAUGUUCAUUUCUGUAAAGAGCCAACUUUGUUAUUGCCCAUAUGUAAAGUAUCACCAGCAGCCUCUGUCACCUGGUAAUUCAGGGUAAUAUUAAAAAGCAGUGCUGAGGGGGUUAAUUUUGAGCUGCCAGCCCAGCAAGCACAAUAUUAAAAUGUACACCAAAUUAUUAUCAGUGCCUACCAAUCUUGAGCUCAUGAAAGAGCUUUGAAUUUACAAUGACGCAAUUAAGUUCAUGCAAUUUCAUGAUCAUUCAUAAUCUAUUGGUUCAAGCUGAAGAUAUUGGCUGGGAACACUCGCUGCUUAGCAGUAAGGUGGGUCCCCUCUGUGUCUGAGAAGGGUGUCUGGUCCCCUCCGAAGCUACCUCUGCCAAGUUUGUCUGCCCUUCUCAAAGGUGCAUCCUAGUAAAGGGUUCUUAGGCAAGUAGGUGAGGCAGAACAACUGGAGGGGCCCAGACCUUAAUGACGAGUCUCUCACCCCAAGCCAGGAUUAUAAACAGUUCAUUUCAUGCCACUGACUGGUGCUGAACAAAUGAAAUGCAUAGUCAAUUAUGGACCCUUUGUCACACUAGUAAAAUAGGGUAGAUUUUUUAAUGCCUGAACCUAUAUUGUUUAACUUAGUGGUUUAACUGGGUUUCUAAUUUCUUUUCUGGGGUUGUUGGAAGUUCGGUUAAGUCUAAUAACCUCAGAAUUAAACAGGAUUCUUCUGGGGAAAGAGUGACUAGAAUCAGUUCGGGCUUGUAGUUGAGGCAUGGUCCAACAUGGGUCUGUAAUUGAAAUACAGCACAUGUUUUGAGACCUUUCAACAGCUGUGUCUGAUCUGUGGUGCAAAAUGCAAACAGUUGACAGUGUCCGCUAAUGUGUAAAUGCCUUGACUGCUGAUAACGUUUUUGUGCAGGCUGCUUUUCCCCCAAAAAACAGAUCCUGUCACCUUGGAUAUCGCUUGUGAAUGCCAAUUGCUUAUAGUAUUUACAACCCUGUCACACCACAAGUAGUGUCAAACGUUGGGGUUUUGUUAAUAUAAAUAAAUGCUGAUUGUCUGUUAGGUCAUUAACGUAUUCCCUCCCUGUUCUGAGUGCCUCUCACACUACCCUUGUGCAUGUGUAAGCCUUGCCUCUGUUGAAUCACAUCACUUCUUGAUGAAACAAAGCAUUUGGUUGAGGUGUUGAAAGGCAUGCCUGUUCAGCUGUCACCUGCUGGCAAAGGGAAAAUCCUCGUAAGGGUUGUUCAAAAUGUGCCUCUCCCACACUUGGAGGGAGUUGUCAACCCAGGGCUGGAGCCCUAAGCCCAGUAUACAGAAAGUCCAAUAGGAAUCAGUGGGAUGUGUUCGAGAAACACAAUUAGGAAUCGGCUGCUUGUUGUAGGCUUCUAGCAGAAUAUCUCAGAAGUGCAGUUGAAGGGUUGCGGGGCAUGCAGACGUUACAGCUGCUGAGCACUAUAGCAACCGUAAUCCCAUUUUGUAAAGCUGUCCUGAUCCUCUGCGAUGAUGCAUGUUUUGCACUGUUCUGCCGCCUUUGUCACACUAGUAAAAUAGGGUAGAUUUUUUAAUGCCUGAACCUACAUUGUUACUAGAGUAGUAGUGUCUGUAGGUUACAUGGGCUUGCAGAUAAUCUUCCAAUUACAAGAUUCAAAUACUUUUAUGUUUGUGUAUGUGUGUCCAGCUAGGGUCACCCUUGGUCAUUAAAAGCAACAGAUGUGUAGAUGUAGUGUCAGCCAGGUAACCUCUGCUGCUAACUUGGCUAUGAAGAACUUUUGUUAUGGUGAAGUUUACAGCAAUAAGAGCACAGAUUGUCAAAGGUUUAAAAACACUGGUGCUUGUAGUAUGUCCUGUGGGCUGUUUUCAACAUGCAGCUGGUACGACAGCCAGCCAUCUUGUAGUGACAUUCCAUUGAGCUUGCAGAGCUGAACUGGUAUUGCGCAUAUCAGUCUUAACUUUCUGCCUCUUCCUUCCCCAAUAACGGUGCUUGCCAAUAAGGCAACGUCCUGGUUAUGUGGCACUUUGCCACUACAGGUCCUGCCCUUCCCUUCCCUCCCCUCAAUUCAAUAAGGAGACACGAAUGCAGCUGUAAGUUAGGUAAUAGUUCUGAAGAGUUCUUAGGGAUCAGGGUAACUUGAAAGGUAGCGCACGCCCUCUUCUUCCUCCUGACCCCAGUCAGCGCUGCUGCUCGCUGAGUAGAGCUACAUCAGCUUUGUUGAUUGAAAUGCAGAAUUUCCUCCCUUUGUGUUGAGUCUUUUUAAGCCAGGGGUGUCCACAAAGUCUUAUUAAAAAAAUUUCAAUUGAUAUAUGUUGUACUAAGGUUCUGUAAAACUAAAUCGGAUUUCAAUAAACCUUUUAUUUCUCUA